UAGAAAAUGUGAAAACGGAAUAUAGGUCGGAGAACCUAGUAGGUGGGGGAGCAGACCCAAGAGCACAGGGAGACAUGUUGCCAGCAGCGGUUACACAAGGGCUUCGAUAUGUUGGGUCAUCACUCCCGCGAGGAUUCCGCGACAUCUCAGAGGCAAUACUGAAUCAUUCUGUCGAAGACAAGGCUAGCGAACUAGGUUCUGAUAGAGUUGCACACAUAUAAUUUAAGUUGGUAUGUAUGAAAACUUUGUAUUAAUAGUGGAUGGAUGCUUGCUUGACCUGUUAUGGUAGGUGCCAUAAUUCCAUUGAAUGGAGCAUCAAGGGCAGGCAUUAGAAGGAGACAGAAGAGGAGCGUAAACAGAGGGAGCCAGCGAUGCCGCCAGAAGAGACACAUAGAAAGAUCAACCAGACACUCAGCAUCAACACAAAGUUCUGAUGAAGACAGUGAUAGUGAUAAUGGAGUAGUGCGGAUUGAAUGCACGGAUGGUCAAAUGUUGAAUGCUUUGGAUGGCAAUCAUGACAUGGACUUGGCCCGUAGAUGUAGGGAUAGGUGUCAUUCGCAGUAGCACAAACUAUGUCUUGCCCGGGAUCACCGGUGGGCAAAACCUAAAAAGUCAUGACAUAAAGUGUAGUGCAGCGCAAGGCUCACCUAGUGCUGCAUACUCAUACAUGUGAUUGUAUGUGACUACAGUUGCUGAAAAGGGAAGAGCUCAACAGCCGCGAAUAUCAUGAGGGUGUAGAAAUCUCGAUCUGACCAGGCUGGCUAUAAAUUAAUUAGCAGCGCUGUAACAACAAUAAAUUUCAUGAAUUUGCAGCAUCUGACGAAGCUGAAGAAAUGCCAAUUGGCAGGGGAGUCCUUCGUAGCAGCACGAGGUAUGUCUUCCCAGGAAUUACAAGUAAACAAAAUGAAAAUACACCUACAAAAUAUAAAAUUUAUUCAUCCAAUGUUCACAGAACCAUAAAUAAUGCACCUCUCCUACAUGUAUGAACAGUAAGGGUUGUAGGUGAAAGCUCUGCAGCAGUGAAUAAUUCUGGAGUUGGUUUGCAUAUUACAAACCUCCCAGCAGCCAGGGACGACCAGAAUGAAGGUUUGUUAGCCUGUAAUACAUGGGUUGAUAUGUACCUGAAAUAUAACGGCGUGCCUUUGCAUAAAAUUGUAGGAGGGAUGGCUGCUGCAGGACAUACUGGAUUACAAAGGGGCAUCGGGGUCGUGUCAGGACGGAUGAAUAGGAACCUAAGGUUGCAUGUUGGCAUGGUGAGGACCAUAGUUAAGAUGGAAAUUGAUGACAAGGGAGACAUGUUCCCAGGUAAGGUUGGCCUCAAGCAUGAGGAGCCACUUGCCACGAAUGUUCUUGCAUUCUGGGACAAAAUGUGCAGGACCAGCACCCGUAAUCUCAACAGGAAAUGGUACAAGCACCUGCUGCCCUACCUAAUAGUCAUGUCAGGGGAAGACUUUGUGAAUGAACUUGGUCCUGAUGGCCACCUGACAUCAGUCGGGUGGGGAGCUGUGUCGGGAAUGCUUGUCUAUAAAGAUGGAGGAAUGUAUGGUGACUGGGAAAUCAGGUGGCGGCACCUAUUCGACUUGCGAUUUGUGGUGAGACUGUACUUACAUUUCCUGAAGCAUGGUGCUGCUUGUAUAUAGUUGAGUGUUUGCCCCUGACUAUGUUGUGCGUUCUUUCAGCUUGCUCUUAUGUACAGGUGAUACGUAUCUGUCGUAUCUAUAAUUUUUGAUUGUUCCAUGCCAA